CCGUUGAGCGCUCUCGGUGGGGUGCGCGUGCCUCGGGUGGAUCGCCAAGCCGACUCGGUUCCUCUCCCCCUCCCGGCCCCAAGGGUCUAAACAAAACAAAGCCAAAAAAAGCAAAAGCCUAAUUAAAAAACAAGCAAAAAACCGUGCAACUUCUAAAAAAAGAUCGCCAUGGAUGAUGAUAUCGCUGCACUCGUGGUUGACAAUGGCUCCGGAAUGUGCAAGGCUGGGUUUGCCGGGGACGAUGCUCCUCGUGCCGUGUUCCCCUCCAUUGUCGGCCGCCCGAGACACCAGGGUGUGAUGGUGGGCAUGGGCCAGAAAGACAGCUACGUCGGUGAUGAGGCGCAGAGUAAAAGAGGUAUCCUUACCCUGAAGUACCCCAUUGAACACGGCAUUGUCACCAACUGGGAUGACAUGGAGAAGAUCUGGCACCACACCUUCUACAAUGAGCUGAGAGUUGCUCCGGAAGAACACCCCGUGCUGCUGACAGAGGCACCUCUGAAUCCCAAAGCCAACAGAGAAAAGAUGACACAGAUCAUGUUCGAGACCUUCAACACCCCGGCCAUGUACGUUGCCAUCCAAGCAGUGUUGUCCCUGUACGCCUCUGGUCGCACCACUGGUAUUGUGAUGGACUCUGGUGAUGGGGUCACCCACACGGUGCCCAUCUACGAAGGUUACGCUCUGCCCCACGCCAUCCUCCGUCUGGACCUGGCUGGUCGCGACUUGACUGACUACCUCAUGAAGAUCUUGACCGAAAGAGGCUACAGCUUCACCACCACAGCCGAGAGGGAAAUCGUGCGUGACAUCAAAGAGAAACUGUGCUAUGUUGCGUUAGAUUUCGAGCAGGAGAUGGCCACAGCUGCGUCCAGUUCUUCCCUGGAGAAGAGCUACGAGCUGCCCGACGGACAAGUUAUCACCAUCGGCAAUGAGAGGUUCAGGUGCCCAGAAGCUCUCUUCCAGCCCUCUUUCUUGGGCAUGGAAUCCUGCGGCAUCCACGAAACCACCUUUAAUUCCAUCAUGAAGUGCGACGUGGACAUCCGCAAAGACCUGUAUGCCAACACCGUCCUUUCCGGUGGCACCACCAUGUACCCAGGCAUCGCCGACAGAAUGCAGAAGGAGAUCACAGCCCUGGCCCCCAGCACGAUGAAAAUCAAGAUCAUUGCUCCUCCAGAGCGCAAAUACUCUGUCUGGAUCGGUGGCUCCAUCCUGGCCUCUCUGUCCACCUUCCAGCAGAUGUGGAUCAGCAAGCAGGAGUAUGACGAAUCUGGACCAUCUAUUGUCCACCGCAAAUGCUUCUAAAAACAAGGACUAGUUACCACAAUAACAUUUUUCUCUUUUUGACAAAAAUUCCCCAUAACUGCGUGUUAAAAAAUGAGUUGAGAAUUGGCAUGGUUUUAUUUGUUCUGGCGCUUGACUCAGGAUAUAAAAACUGGAAUGAUGAAAAGUUGGUGGCGGCAGUCUUUAAAAAAAAAAGUAAUUAAAAAUGUGUUGGAGCGAAUGUCCCCCAAAGUUCUGCAUCGCAUCGCUGGACUUUGCUUGUACAUUUGUGUUGUUUUUUUUAAUAGGCAUUCCAAAUAUUGUAUAAUACUUUGAGAGGAAGUUCAGCCAGCCGCUGAAGGCAACAACAGCCCAGCUCACAAGAGCAGAAUUAACUUUCUGGUGAUCUAGAAAAGAAUUGCUUGUAUGUAAAUCACGUAAUCCAACAAGUGUCUUUCUGUAUCUUGCGCCUUAAAGCAAAAAACACUUGGUCCUCUUUCGGGGUUUUUUUGGUCAAGCAAAAAAAAGAAAAAAAAAACAAAGAAAAAUAAUGGGCUGUGUAUGUUCCUCCUCUUCCCAGUCUAGAUGUGAAGGCUUACAGUUGAACCCCCUUCUCCUCCCAUGGGGAAUUUCCCAAAUUUGGUGCCAGUAUGUAUACGGGAUUCAGUGGGGUGGGGGAGAUAAACUGUACACUGACUUAAGAACAGUUCCAAUAAAGAUGCACACAAUAGA